CAGUUUGGACCAACAGCUGGAGGAGACCCGCGCUCUCUCCCACUAAUUCAAAAGGUAAACAUGAUGGCCGCCCAGUGACCAUAACAGUGAGGCGCAUCCCGUGUAAAAUUAGUUUCGAAGAUGAAAUUGUGUUUUUAUUCUUAGCAGAUAAGACAAAAUUUGAACUUAAGAUGAACUUCAGAUCCAGUGAAAAUUCCCAAGUAGGUGAUGUUGAAAGUAGUGAGAAGGAGGGAGGUGGAGGUGGACAGUGCACCUCCACUUCACAGAUCACCCGACGCCCCCUGCAGCAACUCACCUUUCCCACUACAUCUUCGCCUCUUUCACAGUCUUCACUGACACCCUAUAAAUACCACAGAUGUAAAAUUAUCCCAGAGGAGAUGGAGGACCAGGAGAACAUGAACCCUCAUCUCAAGCAACAGAGGAACAAGAGUUCACAAUUAAACAGCAAGCCUCAAGGAACUUCUUCUGAUGAAAAUAACGAUUCUUCACCUUUUGCUUACCCUCUCAUAUGGGAAUCUUACCACACCUCUUCAUCCUCUCCCUUGUCACAGAGUCCUUCUAACCUCAAAAAUACACCUUCUUUAGAUGGUAGUCAUUGCCAAGAGAACACCAAAAGCCAUUCCAGUGACAGUGGAAGAGUGUACAGUGUAGGCAACAGUAUCCAUGAUGGUCUUUCUAAUAAGAGAAUACCAAGUACCAAAAGCACUGUUCAUGAAGAUCGUACUAAAGAUAAAAACGUAGAUAAGGAAGGAAGUCGAACUACAAAAAUGAGAAAUAAAAGUGGGUCUAACGGAGAGAGCUCAAGUAGCAGGUGCCAGUGUCAUCAAAGCCUGACUGUCACUCCCUCCAAGUCUUCAUCAUCAUCUUCAUUAUCUGACAGAUCAGUAUUCCGUACACCAUCAGAGAGGUUUUCCAGCAGCAAGUUGAGUGACUCCCGAGGACCCCAGACACCUCAGCGUAGAAGAGUUGAUCAUCACCACAGUCAAAACCCUUUUGAAGUUGGAGCAGAGUGCCUUCAGCUGCCUGCUGUGAGUCCCUCUCUCUUUCGCCAAGUUGUAUCACCAAGUCAAAAGGCAGACAGCAAAUUCCGUUGGUCAAUUGAUCAGCUGGCAGUGCUGCACCCAGCAAAUAUCGAAACUUCCCCUUUUAACCAAGCAGAUAUUUUGACUGACCCUGAUUAUGAACGCCAAGCUCAAGAUGCCAUAGAUAAGUUCUUCACUCUUCAAUCAGUAGUGCCAAGCCCAUGGACUGGAAGCAACAAGGCAGUGAAUCUCCUGCACAUGGUGUGCACACCAGUUCAGCCUGCCUCUAGUCAUCCAACACCUCGCACUAACACUGUAUGGUGUCAGACUGAACUGACUUUGCCACCUGUAUUACCAGAAGCAGUGGAGGAAGCAUUAAAGCCAUUCUGUACAUUCACUCAAGAUCAGUGGUGGCAAGGCAGUACGGAGUGUGAUGAAGGAACCAACAUGAACAACACAACACUUCGACGUAAACUUCUCUUCAGUCAUGAUGAACUCCUCAAUGCCACACCGUUGUGCAGCCCUCGAGGUGUGGAUGCUUCAGGGAGUGGGAGCCCACCCUCUUCUCCUGUGGCUCCUUUACCCAUGCAUAAAGAUGAUGAAAGUCCUGAGGGAGUGGAUGAGGAGGAUGACAAAGGCCUCAUGUGGUGUACUGCUGUUGUUACUCCUACAUCUAUAGGGAGUGUGAAAGAGGAUCUUCAACUGGCCCGACAUCCUCCGCCAUCUCCACCAUCACCCAUAAAGUGUGUGAAUCCUCCCUCUCUCCCCCAGCAGCCUAAUUCAUCCUUCAUUCUUGGAUUUUCCCCAAAUGAUUAUGUUAAUGCUGCUUUGCCUCUAUUAUCACCAAGUAUCUCACCUAUUGAAGGCCACUUAAGUACAAUGGUCUCAAAAGAGCCAAGAUUAUUUUCAUCUCCUGGUGUGUCACCCAUCCAUAUCCAACAACACAAUAAUGAUUCAAACUCUGAAAGUGGAUACUCACCUACCACUCCAUAUCUUAACCUAAUUCCUCAUAACCUUUGCCAGCCUAGAGUUCAAAUAUCACCCGGCCUAUCCCCUAUACAUUUACCCACACACUCUCAUAAUUUGGUACCUAUAAAUGAUGCCAGACUACAAGAGGACCUACAGAUGUCUCCAAGGACCAGCCACCACAGGUCUCAACAUUUGUCUCAUCAACAUUGUUCACCGAACAAACUUCAAACGCAAAACACAGUGAUACCAGAGUGUCAGAACAAUAAAGAGACCAGCAUAUUACAGUCACCAAAUGGAAAAUGUGAUACUGUAGAAAACUGUGCAGCUAAAGGACAUCAGAAAAUGGAGAAUGUUUUGAAUUCGACCCAAGGAUUCGUCACUUGUGAACAUAAUGAGUCACAACAUCAGGGAACCCCAGGAAAGACUUCUUCAAUGACAGAACUCAGAACCUCCAGUAACUCUGGUCAUUUCUCAUCUAGUCCCAUACGAAGUGUUCAUCGAAGUCCCUUAGAAAUGGAUUCUCCAAACAGAAGGUUCUCCGACUCUCCUCCCCUCUCCCCCAUCCUGUAUCAUUCGUUGAUGUUCCAAGCACAGCAUGACCAACAGAAGAGUCCUCCAAAGUUUUUGCAGGAUCAGAUGAAGUCAAACCAACUUAGUCUUUCACAGGCCACAUGUUUAAAUGAUGAUAAUGCAGGGAGAAGCUGUAUUGAUGAAGUAAUGAUGGAAGAUGGCCAGAGUGAUACAACAUCAAGUACCAGAUAUCCCACCCCCAUCAUCCUUAGCAGUAUUCCUACCACUGUCAUGCUCUUACGCUCAUCAUCUGUCUGUGAUAUGGAGACUGAUUAUCAGCCUUCUCUUGAAAUUAAUGGAAAUGAUGACAGUCCAUCACAGGAUACAGGAUAUCAGACGGGUAGCCUUCACACCACCAACUUCAGCAUUACUGCGUAUAGCCAAGAGAGUAACUUUCCUUCCAGCACAGUGCUACCACAUCAUAAAGAACAACAUAGUAGAUUUGUAAAUAGUCCUUAUGUCCACAAUCACAACAGCAUCACAAAGGCUGUUAAAAGUGAAAACAAUGUUGCUUGGGAAAAGGACACACCAGAGUGAAGAGAACACUGCAUUUUUAUUGAUGUGCCACAUUUAAAAUGAAACAUUCUCUUAGUCAAGCUUAUUGCAUGGCUGCACCCCCACAUAGCAAAUUCCAGUCAUUUACCAAAAUGAAGGGAGAAUAAAAAUUUCAACUUCAUUUUGUUAUCAUAAGCUGUAGGUGUACGAAGCAGCAAGUAAUUACAGGUAAGAAAGAUGUGGUACAGUAGAGUGAAGAAGAGUAAGGUUAGAGACAUCACCACCAGCACUCUGGUGUCAUUUGAAGGAAAUAAUAAAUUCAAUGUUAAGUUGUGUAUACUAUAGUGUGAGAUACUCUUAGUCCUUCAAAGUGCAAUAAAAUACUGAAUGAAUGUCUUCAAAAUAUGCUCAACUUACUCUUAUAAAUGUCAACAGUAUUAUUAGUAAAAUUAAUACACCUGAUGAAAUACUGUACAUGUACAGUAUAAUAUUACAGAUACAUGUAUAAGCAAAUUGUUGUGGUCCAAUGGGGUUAGUUAUUUGACACUGAUCAUGAUUUUCACUUGAUCGUUUGUAUAUUAAGUCAUGUCUUAGGAUUUUAGUGUGAAUAAUAAACAACACUUUAUCUUUGCUUCACACCAGUUACUAGACUAGAAUACAGUACUGUAUGACUAUACAAACCAGGUGAACAUAAGUUCAUUGUGAUGUUAAAACCAAUCCACCAUGUUGUGGGUCAUUAUAGUAUACUGUACAUGUAUUAUAGUAUAGCUGUUGUUUUUUAAUAAUGAUUUCCUUUUAAUUUUUACUUGAGUGAUUUCCCAAGAAAAUCAGUCAUAUAGUACAAGGAAGUAUAUUGUAAUAAGAAUUAAUGUACUGUAUUGGAACCAAAGGAAGAGAACAAAUUUACUUCAAGGAAGUUUUUUAUUGAUAAAUUUUAAAUAUAUUUUCUUUUAA